AGUCCAGCUGGUUCAGUUCAGGUGGUGCUGAUGGUUCAGGAGGCAUUCAGCGCCUGUGAGGAAAUGUGAGGAAUGCGUCGCUUGGAAUAAGUAGAUGGUCUCUAAAGACUGGCAGGAUUCAUGGAGACAACAGAAGAGCGCGUCUGUUACAAAGUUGGACAAGGGGAAAUCUGGGAAGGUCCCAGGAAAAGAUGCCAAUCUGGAGGAGAAAUACUUCUGUUGAGAAGGAACGCCGUGUCAAAGCCAACGCACGGGAAUACAAUGAGAAGUUCUCAUAUGCGAACAAUCACAUUAAGACCUCAAAGUACAAUAUCUUCACCUUCCUGCCCAUAAACUUGUUUGAGCAGUUCCAGAGGGUGGCCAAUGCUUAUUUUGUGGUGCUGCUCAUACUUCAGUUGAUUCCAGAAAUCUCGUCCCUGUCCUGGUUCACCACCAUUGUGCCUUUGGUUUUGGUGCUGGUGAUCACCGCAGUCAAAGAUGCCACAGAUGACUAUUUUCGACAUAAGAGUGACCAGAAAGUGAACAACCGUCAGUCUCAGGUUCUCAUCAGAGGAAGUUUACAGAGGGAGAAAUGGAUGAAUGUGCGAGUGGGCGACAUCAUCAAACUGGAAAACAACCAGUUUGUUGCUGCAGACAUCCUCCUCCUGUGUAGCAGCGAGCCUUAUGGCCUGUGCUAUAUCGAGACUGCAGAGCUGGAUGGAUCAUCUUAUUUUGCUGUUCAAAUUAAGAUUUUUGCCUUCCUCAUCUGUAUGGGAGUGAUUCUGGCAAUCGGAAACACCAUUUGGGAGACUUAUAUCGGCAGAGGGUUCCAGGUGUUCUUACCAUCAGAGGAGUUUCAGAGCAGUGCCGUUUUUUCUGGCUUCCUCACCUUCUGGUCCUACAUCAUCAUCCUCAACACUGUUGUGCCUAUCUCCCUGUAUGUCAGUGUGGAGGUCCUGCGACUCGGUCACAGUUUCUUCAUUAAUUGGGACCAGAAGAUGUACUUCACUCAGACUGAUACCCCGGCUGAGGCUCGCACCACCACUCUGAACGAAGAGCUCGGUCAGGUGGAGUUCAUCUUCUCCGAUAAGACCGGCACGCUCACACAGAACAUCAUGGUAUUCAGCAAGUGCUCCAUUAACGGACAGACGUACGGUGAUGUUUACGAUGAAUUCAAUGAGAAGGUGGAAAUUACAGAGAAAACAGCGUGCGUGGAUUUCUCCUUCAACCCCCUCUUGGACAGAGGCUUUAAGUUUUACGACAGCAGCCUGGUUGAAGCUGUUAAACGGGAGGAAUCUUCAGUGCAGGAGUUCUUCAGGCUGCUGGCUCUGUGCCACACCGUCAUGUCCGAGGAGAAGAGUGAAGGGAAUCUGGUGUACCAGGCCCAGUCACCUGAUGAGGGAGCGUUGGUAACAGCAGCACGAAACUUUGGGUUUGUCUUCCGGGCUCGAACGCCAGAAACCAUCACACUAUGUGAGAUGGGAAGAGCCGCCACCUAUGAGCUGCUGGCCAUACUGGACUUCAACAACGUGCGCAAGAGAAUGAGUGUCAUUGUAAGAAAUCCCAAAGGUCAGAUUAAACUGUACUGCAAGGGAGCCGACACCAUCAUCUUUGACCGUCUGGAUCCGUCCAGUGAAGAGCUGAUGUACGCUACCUCAGAACACCUCAGCGAAUUUGCAGGAGAAGGGCUUCGGACGCUAGCUCUCGCAUACAAAGAUCUCAGUGAAGACUAUUAUGAAGUCUGGAAGAAGAAGCUGUACCAUGUGAGCACCGUGAUUGAGAACCGGGAAGAGCAGCUGGCUGUCCUGUACGAGGAAAUUGAGUGGGACAUGAAGCUUCUUGGAGCCACGGCAAUAGAGGAUAAACUUCAAGAUGGAGUGCCUGAGACAAUCGCCUGCCUGAAUCUAGCUGACAUCAAGAUUUGGGUCCUAACAGGAGACAAACUAGAGACGGCGAUGAACAUCGGCUAUUCCUGCAACAUGCUGCGAGACGACAUGAAUGAGGUGUUUGUUAUCUCUGGACUCACACAGCUGGAGGUGCAGCAGCAGCUCAGGAGUGCUAAGGAGCGCGUCAUCGGUCUGAGCCGGCUGAGCAGCACAGGAGGCGCUGAGAAGGACGACAUGUUUUUAGAAGAUUCAGUUUUUGAAGAAGCCAUCAUUGCAGAGUAUGCCUUAAUUAUCAAUGGCCACAGCUUGGCUCACGCUCUGGAGCCCCAGCUGGAGCAGACGUUGCUGGAUUUGGCCUGUUUGUGUAAAACGGUCAUUUGCUGUCGGGUCACGCCGAUGCAGAAAGCUCAGGUGGUGGAGCUGGUGAGGAGGCACAAGAGGGCCGUCACGCUGGCUGUAGGAGACGGCGCCAACGACGUCAGCAUGAUCAAAACCGCCCACAUUGGUGUAGGCAUCAGCGGACAGGAGGGGAUGCAGGCCGCUCUGGCCUCAGAUUACUCCUUCGCUCAGUUUCGAUUCCUGCAGAGGCUCCUGUUGGUCCACGGCCGCUGGUCCUACUUCCGAAUGUGUAAUUUCUUGGCCUACUUCUUCUACAAGAACUUUGCCUUUACCCUGGUUCACUUCUGGUAUGGCUUCUUCUGUGGUUUCUCAGCACAGACUGUGUACGACCAGUGGUUCAUUACACUCUUCAAUAUUGUCUAUACAUCUCUACCAGUGCUGGCAAUUGGACUUUUUGAUCAGAACAAGAGAAAUCCAAAUUUUCCGACCACACAGAACGACUCCACUAAAUACAGAAAAUGCUGUGAAAUCCAACAAUCUCAGAGAAAUAAGAUUCCUUCUAUCUCUGUCUUUGCUCUGUGGUCACAGGUUCGUCAUUUGCAGCAGUCCAGGAAGAGGCACAGACCUCAGGAGCAGAGCCUAAGGCGAGUCCGCAGAACCAGCUCCCGCCGCUCUGCCUAUGCCUUCUCCCACCAGCAGGGCUACGGAGAGCUGAUCACCUCAGGCAAAAACAUGAGAAUGAGCGAAAUAUCUUCCACUCACUCCCUGGAGAGAACAGCACAAAGUUCCAGCUGGAUAGAAAACAUCCUUAAGCGGAAGAACGAAGUCUCGUGUAUCUCAGCUGAAACACCAGAGAACCGUAAAGACUCAAAGGCAUCAGCAAAUAGACUGCAGUAACACAGGAAGUGCCUCAACAAAAUAUUCAUACCCAAUUGUCUUUUCACAUUUUUUAUUCUGCAAAGUCGUACAUUAUUGCAUUUAAUUGGAAUUUUAUAACGGCCCAAAACAAAGUGGUGCAUAAUUAUCUCCACAGA